AUGUCGCGUAUCGAAGAACUUCCAGAUGAUUUCGAUGAGGCGCUUAACCUCAACAAUGCCCCACCCGAGGCUGGACUGAAGGCGCGCCAAACCGAUCCCAAUGCACCUGAACUUCCCCCGGCCAUUGCGGCCGUUCAGUCACAUUCGUCGGAAGAGUUGAUGGCAAUGAUGAACAAGACUCCUUUGUUCAUGACCGAUAUUGAGAAUGCGGGUGACGAGAAGGGUGAAAAUGUGCUUCUAGAUGCCCUCCAGGCUCUGCAGAACGAGGGUACCAGGGGCGAGGUUGCAAGUAGCUUCAAGGGACAAGGCAAUGAAGCCGUGCAGGAACUCAAGUGGAUUGACGCUAAAGAGUUCUACUCAAAAGCUCUUGCUGUCAUUCACGCCAAGGUUGAUAAGUGGGAGGCGCCUGAAGAUCCCGUGGAAGAGGCGGCCUUGUUGCGCAAAUUAGAGGAGGCGUCUUACAUCAACCGGGCAUUGUGCAACUUGGAACUAGGAAACUACCGUUCUUGUACUCUCGACUGUGCUGCCGCUCUUAAGUUCAACCCCAGAAACGUGAAGGCCUUCUAUCGCUCCUCCUUGGCACUGUUCAAGUUAGACAAGGUCGCCGAGGCUGAAGAUUCCGUAAACCGAGGAUUGGCCAUUGACCCGGAGAGUAAGGCUCUUCAGGAAUCUGCCAAGAAGAUUGCCGAGCGCAAGGCGCUUUUGGAGCGUGCUGCCGCGAGAAAGAGAGCCGAAGAAGAAACGGCGCGCAAGAAGAAUAUGGUCCUCAGCACAGCUCUGCGCGCCCGUAUGAUCAGAACCCGCAAAACCGAACAGCCUCCUGAUCUGGAGGAUGCCAAGAUCCGUCUCGUCCCUGAUCCUCUCUCGCCGGAAAGCACAAUCGAGUUCCCGGUCGUUUUCCUCUACCCUAUGGAGGCCCAGUCAGACUUUAUCAAGGCGUUCUCAGAGAUGAACGCCAUUGAGGACCACUUGGAGUACAUCUUCCCCCUUCCUUGGGACACCAAGAAAGAGUACUCCCUUGAAGGUGUUGAAUGCUUCAUGCAGACUGUCACUGGUGGUUUGAUCAAGGCUGGCAAGAAGCUGCCUUUGUUGCAAAUUCUCUCCGGUGGUAAGGUUGAAGUUGUGGAUGAGAUUGUCACCAUCCAUGUUGUGCCUCUCUCCAAGACCGGUAAAUACAUUGCAGAGAUGAAGGCUCGGAAGACUGGCUGA